UAUAGUUUAAUAAAUUUUAUUCGUAAUUAAAUAAAAUGGAGAGUUUAGAUUUUCUUAGAGGAGAGACUACAGGGCCAACCAUGCCCAAAAGUUCAUCAACAUUUCUUAUGUCCAGCUUUGUCAGUCACAAGUCACAGAGUGGAUCAAAGGUAAAAGUUCACAGAGAGUCAACUUCUGGAGGAACUUAUUUUAGUAAAUACAGGAGAUCAGCCUAUAAGCCUUCUGGCAUGUAUAAAGCAUCAUCUGAUGCUGAGGAGGUCUCCAAAUAUGGAGCUGCUCCAGAGAAGAGAGGAAAAAGCACUUCUAUAUCACACUCAAGUGCUUAUUACAGGAAGAAAUCGAAGAAGAAGAAAUCUGAGGUUUCUGGCCAAAGAAUGAAAAUUUCCGAGCAUGAUCAUAGCUAUGUAGAAGGGAGUUUUACCACGCCUCCAAAUGCAUUUUCAAAAGCAAGGAAUAAGGGCUUCUCUAAAACAAGACCGCAAUAUGAAGAGAUCAACCAUAAGAUCGAGAUGCUCAGUAAGGAGAUAGAAAUUGAGACACAGGAUUUAAUAACUCUUCGACAUGAGAAAAGAAAAGAGAAAUUAUAAACGCGAUUAAGGUAGAAGAUGAAUGUGCAUGAGACGAGCUUGGAAAUGAUGAAGACCAUGCCAGAAUCCCAACCAAAACUAAAAGCAAAUAAGGAGUUUUCAUAUAAGUAUUACAAGUAUGUUCGGUCCAAGGAAGAGAACAAAAGACAAGCUGAGAUGCCUAGGAGCAUUAAAGGUGUGAGUACUCAAAAGAAAACCAUUGAGAAGGAUGAGUACUACUCUCCUUCACCAAGAAAAGGUAUAAAAUAUGGGCAUUGAAGUCAGAAGAAGGGCUUUAAGUACGGCUAUAACCAUACUUCAACAAAGAAGAAAUCUAUCAAGAAGACAAAGAAGAUCGAGACUAUCAGAGACAGCUCCAAAUGUAUGAAGAAGCUGGCAUUUGAUCUGAAGCAAAAUAAAGGCUUAAGAUCUGUAAAGGGAGAAGGAUCUUUAUCAAAAUCAAGAGUUAGAGUCAGCAGCUUUGCAAGGAAACCUAAACCAAAAUAUUACAAGAAGGAAGAGAAAUCAUCAAUCCUGUGAAAUCUUCAGGAUGACGUGAUGCAGUACAUUUGCUCUUUUUAUUCAAAGUUUGCAAGAAAGAGUAAUAUAAAUGAGAUUAGGACUCAAUGAAACAAUAAGAAAAGUUUCCAUGACAUGGAAAACGAUAAAGUCAAAAUCCCUCAUGAUGCCCGAUUACUCGAUUUAUUCACAGAUGAAGGCAAAGGAGGAGUUGUCCAAGUAAUUGGAGAACCUCUAUUCCCUCUUAAGCCUACUUUGGACUAUCUUACCAAUAGCAUCUUAGAGGGAAGGCUUGAGAUAAAUAAGGCUUUACAGACUUCAAAGAAUAAUUUACUAGGAAUAAGUGUGAAUUUCAGUACCAAGCAGAGUAAUGCUGAAGUGGAGGUCCUAGUCGAAGGAAAGUUAUGCAACAGCUCAAGCUCAAAGUCAUCCGAAACAUUUAAACAUGAAUUCAAGUUGAGACCUGAUGAUAGAUAUGGUUACAAAUGUUCUAGCUUAAAAGUAUAUGAGAACAGCUCCUAAAUAUUGAUAUUUAUUAUAAACAGCAUUCCA